CCGCAUAAUGCAACACACUUUGAAAGGCGGUGACCAACGAUGGUCGCCGACUUGACAAAAGUGAUCGGCUCGAACGCGUCCAGUGUGUCGCUUUUUGGAACUGCGAAAGCAAGCCGCCCUGUCGCCGCAGUGUAUUCUGGGUACCCACAGUAGAUUCAAGAUGGCGGCGAGCAGGAGACUGCACAAGGAACUUGAAGAGAUUCGCAAGUCUGGAAUGAAAAACUUCCGAAACAUUCAAGUGGAUGAAUCCAACAUACUGACCUGGCAAGGUCUCAUUGUCCCUGACAACGCUCCUUAUGACAAGGGAGCUUUCAGGAUUGAAUUAAUCUUCCCCGCCGAAUACCCCUUCAAGCCCCCCAAGAUCACAUUCAAGACGAAGAUCUACCACCCCAACAUCGACGAGAAGGGACAGGUGUGUCUGCCUGUCAUCAGCGCAGAGAACUGGAAGCCAGCCACCAAAACGGACCAAGUAAUUCAGUCUCUGAUUGCGUUGGUGAACGACCCCCAGCCAGAGCACCCCCUGAGGGCAGACUUAGCAGAAGAAUACUCAAAGGACCGGAAAAAAUUCUUUAAGAACGCAGAAGAGUUUACAAAGAAACAUGGAGAAAAGAGACCAAUGGACUGAUUACCUGACCAGUGUGUAGCCCUCUCUCUCCCUCCCUUCCUCAUCCCCACAACCAAAUGUAUGUCUUCUCCUCCCUUCUCUCUGUACCUUCCCCAUCUCCCCACACAUCCUCUCCUCCAUUCUUCCCUCACACAUACAUGUCAUCCUAGCAGCCUCACCUCAGCGCGUGGCUGCAGCCACAGCCUACCCUUUACGCAGGACCCUGGAUCAGACAGGUUCCUCCUCCUCCUCCUGGUGAUAGUUCGAGGCCGUUACUAACUUUCUACUAUUUUCUUAAAUUAAAAUCAAAAAGACAGGGAAAAAUAUAUGGUUAGAGCACUUCCAUGUUAAAGAUGGUGAACUAAGGAGGGGGAAAAGUAGAAAGAAAUGUUUUUUUUUUUUAAUCCAAUGUUUUAGUUUUGCUGUUUGUUUAAAAAGAGGAAAAACAAGAAAUCACAGCUUGAGUACCGUAUGCCUCUUGUGGUAGCACUAAUUUGUGGAAGGAGAUUUUUCUGACAGAGAAUGAAAAGUCGUGGUUCUUAUUUUCUGUUUCCUGUUCUCUAGUCUCACCUUGGUCUGUCACACCCCAAAAUGAAAUGUUAGCUAGGCCCUGGAAGUGUGUGCUGAAAUGUUUUCCUUUUGACUUCUCUGCUUCUGUAGUUGCACUGUAUUCUGUGGAACAAGCCCUCACCGUUGUCCAUCCCCUCAGUUUGGAGCCAGUCCACUGAGCAGACAGAAACAAAAUGGCAACCGAUUAAUAAGCCAAUAUUGUUAUCAGUUACAAGUGUAAUUGACUGGUGAUAAUUCUGUUUUAUUCUCCCCACUGGUCCAAAAAUGCCUUUUUAUGAUUGGAAAACUGAAGAAUACUCAAUGUACUUCAGUUUCCAUUAUUUUCUGUUUAUGAGGAUGCCCCUCUUUGCAUUGGACAUAUUUUCUCCAUUUGCAUUCUGAGACUUCGUUUUGAAAUGCUUUUGAUUAUCUCCCUCUGUGUUUUAUAAGGCGGCUGUGUACCCCACCCACUGCAGUCUACUCAAGACAAAGUGGGAAGUAAAAACAUUAGUUCUGACUCCUCACAUUUUGCUGUAAGUCUACUAUCCAGUCCGCUCAUCAUCGUCACUCCCACCCGUAUUGUCAAACGGAACAUACACAUGUCAAAAUCGGAACCCCACCGCCUUUCUCUCUACAUAAAUAUAAUCUUGUCACCGUGAACCAAAUCUUAUUUGUCGUCACGAGAGACUAACACACACGUAUAUAUGUAUAUCUCAGUGGCUGAUAUAGCCACUGGAACAGAACAGCGCCCCCCCCAAAGGUCUUAGUGAAGGGUCAGACCUGAUUGGGGCAACGCCAGGGGACUGAAGUUGAGUCCAAAAUGGCACCCUAUUCCCUUUUAUAGGGUUCUGGCCAAAUUGUAGGGCACUUAUGUGCUGUGUUCAUACGCAGUGCGCUAUAUAGGGCUCUGGUCUAUAGUAGGCGCUAUAUAGGGCUCUGGUCUAUAGUAGCGCGCUAUAUAGGGCUCUGGUCUAUAGUAGCGCUAUAUAGGGCUCUGGUCUAUAGUAGCGCGCUAUAUAGGGCUCUGGUCUAUAGUAGCGCGCUAUAUAGGGCUCUGGUCUAUAGUAGCGCUAUAUAGGGCUCUGGUCUAUAGUAGCGCGCUAUAUAGGGCUCUGGUCUAUAGUAGUGCGCUAUAUAGGGCUCUGGUCUAUAGUAGUGCGCUAUAUAGGGCUCUGGUCUAUAGUAGUGCGCUAUAUAGGGCUCUGGUCUAUAGUAGUGUGCUAUACAGGGAAUAGGGUGCCUUUGUUUAACACAGACUGAUUUACAUCACAGUGGUCCUAUGUAACAGGUACCUUACACUGAGCUGGGAGAGGUCUGUCUGCCAGUAGGGUGUAACAGCUGUGUGAUUCAGUCCAAUGUUUCAUAAUAAAGAUGGCUAACCAUUUGG